AAUCGCUAACGACUAAACUAAACUAAACGAAAAGAAAUGGCGCUACAAAUCCACUCGACUUCUUUUCUCGCCAAUAACAAAUCUUUUCAAUAUCAUCAUCUUCUCUACUCCAAACCUAAAUCAAAACUCACAAUUCAAUCCCAAAAACCGACUCCCGACAAUUCAACCGCGCCAAAGAAACCCACCCCACCUGGGCUAGGGUUUGGCUCAUCGUCUCCUUCAUCUUCAAGCUCGAGUAAAGCAAGUGGGACAGAUGUGAGUAAUAAAAAGAAACACAAGGGUAAAAGAGAGAGAGCUUCGAUUAUUAGAAGGUCACCUGUUGAGAGACCGGCAUUUGUAAGCCAAGAAAUUGAUGAAGCUAAAGCUAAGGAGCAGGGCAGGAACGAAAGUGCCUUUCUUCUUGCUUGGUUGGGGCUUGGCGGUAUCAUUCUUGUUCAGGGGAUUAUUCUUUCUGCGUCAGGCUUCCUACCUGAUGAAUGGGACAAAUAUUUUGUGAAGUAUCUAUAUCCAUCCUUCACCCCUACAGUCUUCUUGUUUGUCGCUGGAACUGUUACAUACGGAGUGUUGAAGUACCUGCAGAAUGAGGAACUUAAAGACCAAAAAUGAUAGUUUGUGAAUGUAGACUAGUAUUUGUUGCUGCAUGAGGAGCAAUUUCUUAUGUAUAGACAAGUUAUAGUUGAGCAUUGCUUCUUAGGCUGUAUUUUGACAUACUGUUAAUGACAAGUUGCGAUACUCUUUUCUGCAAAAAGAGCCAUCUAUUGUGGAUCCUUUUUAUUUUGCUGAAA